AUGUUAUCGAAUUCAGGCGCGUUGCCUAAACUCUACCUCUCAAUCAUUGAUGAUGUAAUUGAGAGUAUACGAGAGCUGUUUCUGGAUGAAGGAGUGGAGGAGCGAGUGUUGGACGAACUGAGACAGAUGUGGGAAACUAAGGUCAUGCAGUCUAAAGCAGUAGAGGGCCUCAUGAAAGACACCAUCAAUCCAUCUAAUUUUGUCCUGCAGCUUCCCGCAAGCUAUUCUCAAACUCUUCAUAAACCCACAGGCUCAAUUGUUAUUCCAUCAGGGCAGAAUGUGCAGAAUUUCACUACUAAAGCAAGUUGUGCUGGCACACUUGCUACCUUUUCCCUUCCUCCUGGAGUAAACUACCCUGUUCAGAUCCCCGCAGGAGUCACUCUUCAGACAGCUUCAGGCCAUUUCUACAAGGUGAAUGUGCCUGUGAUGGUCACCCAAGCUCCAGGCGGUCACCGCCAUCUCUCUCAGCCCAUUCAGCCCCUCAUGGAGCAGAGGAAGCCCCCAGUUCCUCAGCAAGCUGUUCCCCCUCCUGUCCUUCAGACAGUGUCAGCUCCAGUGAGUGAUCUCUGUCCUCCUCCAAUGCUCUCCUCAAGACCUGUGUCCCAAGCAUCUGAACUACCAGUAUCCAACCAGCCUCAGAACCAGCUCCCUCAACAGGCUCAAGCCAUCAUGGAUCAAAGCUCUCAGUCCGCACUCACUGCACUUUCACAGCCUUCUGUUAACCCAGAGCUCAUUGGUCCACCUCCUGACAGUCCCAGUGAGUUCACUCUAGAAGGAAUAGAGUUCAGUCCACAGGCACUGAACAUGAGCUUGUCCUCUGUCUUCACGCCUCAGAUGGUUAGCCUGCGGGCAAAUCAGUCGGAUCAGACACCACUACUGGACACUGAGUUUAGAAACAUAGAGACAGAGGGAGCCGUACGAGAGGAGGAACAGAAGGUCAUGCCUAGUAUGGGUCAUAGCAUGACUCUGGCAAACAUGGAGAAUGCACCCGAUGGCUCUGUCAAGCUAGACAUGGAACUUUUGAGGGACUACAAUUUCAACGAGCUGGCUGACAUAGCGCAGCUGGAUGGGGCAUGUGAUAGCAGCUCUGAUGGAGAAGGAGAAGGGGUGGAAGAUCUGGGGGUGGUUGGAGAAAACGAGUUUCUAGGAAUGAUCAACGCUGAGGCCCUGAGAGCACUGGCUGAGGGAGAAGGCAGUAGUGAUGAUGCUGGCAGCUCUGUUAGUGCUGGUGAUGAACCCGAUGACAACGUGGAAGAAGAAGAAGAGGAUCCUCUGAACUCAGGAGAUGACGUGAGUGAACAGGAUAUUCCAGAGAUCUUUGACACAGACAAUGUCAUUGUUUGUCAGUAUGACAAGAUUCAUCGCAGUAAAAAUCGAUGGAAGUUCUACUUGAAGGACGGGGUGAUGUGCUAUGGUGGUAAAGACUACGUUUUCUCAAAGGCCGUCGGGGAGGCAGAGUGGUGA